UCAAGCAGACUUGGUCUUUCCACAUCCUCGCCCUUGUCCUUAAUCGGGAACGUUGUCAUUUUCCAAGGUUAGGCGGAUUUUCCGAGGAUAUCGUCCCUCAACUUGACGAUAAACAGUUUCUCAGACAUUUUCGUGUUAGUCCUGAAAUUUUUCAUAUUAUAUUGAAUAGUAUCAUACAUUCACUUGACGAUAAUCCAUGGCCAGGUGGUUCCGAACCGAUCUUACCAGAGAAACAGCUCCUUAUAUUCCUUUGGUAUAUGGCAAACCAGGAAUCCUUACGAGAGGUGGGGAAUACCUUUGCAGUUGGUGUUACGACAGUCCACGAGAUAGUUAGCCGAGUUUCAACGGCUGUUAAUGAAAACCUAAUCGAGGUUAUAAAUUGGCCUGAUGCUCAAACGCAAAACGUACUGUCUCGAGAGUUUCAACUUAAUUCUGGCAUACAAGGCAUCAUUGGCUGUCUUGAUGGAUCUCACAUUCGCUUGAGUGCAGCACCUGGCGGCGACAACGAUUAUUACAACCGGAAAAAUUUUCCAUCAAUUCAAUUACAGGUUGUUGCUGAUAGUGACAUGCUUAUACGUGACGCAUAUACUGGAUGGCCUGGGUGUACGCAUGAUGCCCGCGUACUCCGUAAUUCGUCAUUGUUUGAUAAAGCUGAAAAUGGACAGAGUGUGACUCAAGGGAAAUUCAUUGUUGGAGACAGCGCCUAUCCUCUGAGAAACUGGCUGGUAACUCCCUUUCGAGACAAUGGUCGGUUGAAUGCUCAACAAAGGCGAUUUAAUAAAAGACUGUCUUCUGCAAGACAGGUUGUUGAGCGUGUAUUUGGGCAUCUAAAAGGAAGGUUCCGUAGGUUGCGAGAAUUACCAAUUCGAAAGUUGGACCGAAUAGUCAGGCUCAUUAUUUCAGGAUGUAUACUACAUAAUUUGUGCAUACUACAUCAUGAUGAUGUUGAGGAUUUCAUUGAAAAUUAUCAGGAUGGCCACCCAAAUGCCUAUCCAAAUAUCUAUGCUAACAGAGGGGAUGGAGUAGCACUUCGGCAGCAAAUCAUGAACACCAUGCAGGCGUGA